UCCACUUCUACACCUUUUCUGCACAAAGCUUUCUUCGUUUGACAGGUCUCUUUACUAUUAUUUUGUUUUGCUCUCGUUUGUUUGUUAGCAAUGUGUUGUGCCGGUGAACGUGUGUAUUUAAUUCUAUUAAUUAGAAAAUUAUUUUAAAAUGAUUUUAUUUUCCAAUAAAGUUCCAGCAAAAUAGAACACCCAACGAUAGCUCAAGAUAUGUGUCUUAUUUAUUCAAAAAUUGUUCACGCACUAACCAAGGAUUUUCAUACAAUUUUAAGAUUUGUCAAAUUCAAAGUCACGUUGUUGGUGGCAGAGGAUUGGGGAACCUUCGAGUGAGUGUUACUUGUUGUGUGUUAGGUGGUCGUGUUGUGUUUAGUAGACAGCUAUACCCACGACGUUGUAACGAUCAAAUUUUUGGUUGACAAAAUUUUGGCCGUUACAAUAUUAACAAUGCCGCCACCCAGAAAGUCUAAUCUUUCUCAACAAAGCCGUAAUGCAAUUAGGCGUCGAACCAUUACGCAUGCAUCCACUGAAGAAGAACGAGAACCGCACAAGAAAGGAGCCUCAUUGGUAUGACCCGCCUUCGCGCUUCUCAAACACAAGAGCAAAGAGAGGCAGCCCAUGAAACGGCUCGGUUGGCAAUGAGAAAUCGUCAAGCUUAUCACACAGACCAACAACGAGAAAAUAUGCGACGAUCAAGAAGAAAUGCCUCAACUAUUGAUUUGUAUCGAGCAGCGUUUCUAUACGAUUGCGCAAAUGAUUACACUUCCCAUCCUUUCGUUCGCAUUGGUCCAAUGGACGUUACUUGCGAACAUUGCGGAGCAUUAAAGUUUGCUGGGGAAUCGCCGGGAUUGUGCUGCCUUAAUGGUAAAGAGAAAUUGCCAUUAUUGACUCCGCCACCUGAGUCAUUGCAUUCAUUGCUUUAUGGUGAAACACCAGAAUCACGCCAUUUUCUAGCGAACACUCAAAAGUACAAUAGCUGCUUUCAAAUGACUUCAUUCGGGGCGGACAUUAUCGAAGAAUAUGGAUUUAAUCAGACGUUCAAGGUAAUUUAUGUUCAAAAGAGCAAAUGUUCAUUUUCUUUAAGAAAUUAAAGAUAA